AUGGGUACAUCUACCAAAACUCCAUCUACGAGUGAGAUUAAAUUCAAAGUCAAUUUCGAUAUUGAUCCUCCCGAUUCUUACUCGACUCUACCCUUGAAGAUCACUCCUGAGCUUGGACUAACCAGGAAGGCAAGCUCACAAGAAGAGUACGUCACGAUCAAUAAGUAUCUUCCAGAUGUGCAGAAAACCGUGAAUGAAACGUUCACAGUAUGGUACGAAAGUGAGCAGACUCAAGGUCUAUUGGAUGAUCGAGGGGUAUGGACGAGCGAAGAACCCACGGAAUGGGGGUCGAUGGUGACAACAGAUAAGAUGGGAUGGACCUCAGCCGCUCGGAGCCGAAUCGAAGAACAAGUAAUUCCGAGGUUGCAGAGUAGCAUUCCGGAAGUAUCGGGUGGGAUGGGGUGCAAGUUCACUUUUGAACAUAACACAGACAUACGAGUGCCGUUCAAGUAUGGAGAUGGUAUUCCUGCUUGGCUGCAAUCUCUGAAAUGUGGUACAUCAGAUCCCCAUAAGGAGUGUGCCAAGCCUUAUGAGUAUAUAUAUAGGGAGGAUGGAGGGGAAUGGACCAGAGCAUGA